AUGAGUACUGCAGUAAAUGAUAUGAAAUCAAACGAUAACAUCAUCACUGAUAAUAAAAUAACGCUAAGUUACGCUAUACAAGCAAUGUAUAAUCUUAUGAAUACAAUGAAUACACUCAUACUAUUAGAGGAUUGCACGGAAGCAUCUUUCAAUAUGAAUUCGUUUGAAAAUCGUCGACUGGAUCAUUUUAAAGAAAUGGAAGCAAUAAUCCAGACUAUUGCAACCAGUGAUGACAGUAAAUGUAUGGAUAGAUCAGCAUUUGAAUAUAUGACUUACCCAGCCAAGACUAACACUCACGGACUGAUCUGGUACCAGAUGGUCAUAUAUUAUUAUCCCACUGCCAUGAAAGACCCAGUCAGCUUUCGAUGGACAUUAUCCUCACACUUUCGAAACACAAUGCAACCAUUGAUUAGUGGAAAAGACUCAAUGAAAGCUCCUCCGCAAUUUAUGUUAUAUUAA